AUGGAGCAGAGUUGGAAUUACGAGAAAAUCCAGAAUCAUGCAUCUUCGAGCACCAGCAUCGCACGACAGAGACGCCCGACAUCAGGCCCAGACAGAAGCGAGUGGAAGGAUGUCGGUAAAGUUAGGGAAAUGGUGAACCCGUUGGUCGUUGGGUUUGGUUUGGGAUUUGCGAUUGCAUGGUUGCUCAGUCUUCAGAGGCUGCAGCAGAGACAGUUUCAUUUUCCCCUGCACUUUCUGGUGGUUGGAGAUUGGGGUCGGAAUGGUUUCUACAAUCAAUCUGUGGUGGCUUCUCAGAUGGGACAAGUGGGUACCAUGUUGGGGAUCUCGUUCGUUAUCAGCACUGGGGAUAACUUCUACAAUACUGGCCUUGCUGGGGUGGACGAUAUUCAGUUCACCACAUCGUUCACCAACAUUUACACUUCUCCAAGUCUGCAGACUCGGUGGUAUGCAGUGCUAGGUAACCAUGACUACAUGGGAGAUGUGCUGUCUCAGAUGGACCCCUAUAUUCAGCUUCGUGAUGAUAGAUGGAUAUGCCAGCGAGAGUAUCACUUGCAGUAUUCACUGUGUACAGAUUCUAUGAAAGAAGGUUGCAAAAUGCAUGUUGAUUUUUUUUUCAUCGACACAACUCCAUUUGUGGACGACUAUUGGGCUGCAAGUCAGACUCAUACAUUUGAUUGGCGAGGUCUGGCUUCUCGUGAAGAACAGCUCCGCAAUCAGCUCCAGAGCCUGAAUGACAAACUCGAGACUUCUACAGCUAACUGGAAAGUUGUGGUCGGUCAUCACACGAUCCGGAGCAUGGGCUAUCAUGGAGACACUCCCGAGCUUGUCAAAAACUUGCUUCCUAUUUUGAAGAAACAUCGAGUGGAUUUGUACGUGAAUGGUCACGAUCACACCCUUCAGCACAUCAAGGAUCAGGAUUCCGGUGUGCAUUUUGUAACGAGCGGGGGUGGAUCCAAAGCAUGGGACGGGGUUCGUUCCAGUGAGAACACAGAAGGUGUGUUGUUUGCGUAUGAUGGACAGGGGUUCGCCGCGAUAUCCAUGGGGCCGCACGAGCUUCUUUUAUCCUUUCAUGAUGGUCUGGGGAACACCAUCUACACCGCCCACCUCCACAAGUCCCGGCACUAA